AUGAGCUCAAAUCAAGACCCCGUUGAGCCAAAGGAGCCUAAGAUGGUGGACGACCACGCCGUCCACACGCACCCGACCGAUGCGCCUGCCGAGGCUGGGGAGCGCAGACGGACACACCACGACAUUCCCGAUCAUGGCCACAACCCUUCAAUGCAGAAGGACGUCGACGAGAACCCAGACUUGACUCUGCACUACUCCCACGAGCACCAGCACAAGCACUUGCACCACGGCCGCCCUUCGCUGACCGGUCGCCAUGACGAGGUCCUGUACGCGGAGGGCACCACCGCCGAUCAGCAUCUUGGUACCAAGAACCCUCAAGACUAUGUGAAACACCAGCUUCGACGACCCUCAGAGCAGGUCAAUGAGAAGGACUUCAUCACCAUGGGUGACGCCGAGAAAGGAGACGUGGGUCCCACGCGGGUAAUGACAGACGGAUCAGAGGACGACGGCAAGAAACAUCGCUUCUCGAGAGCAUACGGAAAAUACAAGAUAUUUGUUCACCUUUUCAUUUGGUUGCUGUUCACCGGAUGGUGGAUCGCUGGUUUGGUUCUGCACCGCUAUGACCUGGGCUGGCUGAUUCCUUUUCUCCUCUACCUCGCUAUCACCCUACGCCUCAUCUUCUUCUGGGCACCCAUCACUAUCGUCACUCGACCAAUGCAUUUCGUCUGGAACAACACGGGCGUGAGGGUUUACCAGGUUAUUCCAGAGAAACUCCGCAUUUGGCUCGCUGCGCUGGUAGCUCUCGCCGUGAUCCUGGUUGGAUCGUUUGUCUCGGAGGAAUCUGCUGACAACACUCGUGGAAAUCGUGCUAUUUCCCUUCUGGGGCUUGCCGUGAUGAUAGCUGUUCUGUGGAUUACUUCGCGCGACCGUCGGAAGAUUCGCUGGCAUACAGUCAUCGGCGGCAUGUUGACGCAAUUCGUCAUUGCGGUAUUCGUGCUCCGAACAAAGGCAGGUUACGACAUUUUCAACUUCAUCUCCUUCCUGGCUCGCCAGUUGCUGGGCUUUGCAGACCAGGGUACCUCGUUCUUGACGGCAGAGAGUGUCAUCGACCUGCACUGGUUCUUGACCGGAGUGGUCCCUCCGAUCAUCUUCUUCGUCGCAUUCGUGCAGGUCCUGUAUUAUCUGGGUGUCUUGCAAUGGUUCAUUGGAAAAUUCGCCGUGUUUUUCUUCUGGAGCUUACGUGUCUCCGGUGCUGAAGCUGUCGUGGCAGCAGCUUCUCCCUUCAUUGGGCAAGGCGAAUCUGCCAUGUUGGUACGGCCGUUCGUGCCUCACUUGACCCUGGCCGAAAUUCACCAAGUCAUGUGCUCUGGCUUCGCGACUAUUGCCGGGUCGGUGCUAGUAGCUUAUAUCGGUUUGGGACUGAACCCGCAAGCUCUGGUGUCUUCUUGUAUCAUGUCGAUUCCAGCGUCGUUGGCGGUGUCAAAGAUGCGAUACCCAGAAACCGAGGAGACCAUAACUUCUGGUCGAGUGGUCAUUCCUGACGACGAUGAACAUCGCGCAACAAAUGCUCUGCACGCUUUUGCCAAUGGUGCUUGGCUGGGUAUCAAGAUCGCGGGCAUGAUUGUGGCUACUUUGCUCUGCAUUAUCGCACUGAUUGGAUUGCUCAAUGCUCUUCUAGGGUGGUGGGGAAGGUAUAUCAACAUCACCCAGGACGGCGAGCCCUAUCUGACCCUCCAACUUCUCCUGGGCUAUGUUUGCUACCCGGUGGCCUUCCUGUUGGGUGUGCCUCGCGACGACCUGCUGAAUGUGGGUCAACUCAUUGGUAUCAAAGUCGUCGCGAAUGAGUUCGUCGCGUACAACUCUCUCACCAGCGAGCCAAAGUAUAUCAACAUGAGUCCGCGGUCAAAGCUGAUUGCGACAUAUGCGUUGUGCGGAUUCGGCAACUUUGGCUCCCUAGGCACCCAAAUCGGCGUGCUCAGCCAGAUCGCACCUUCUCGCUCCGGCGAUGUUUCUCGUGUCGCUCUCUCGGCGUUGUUUUCAGGGGUGCUCUCUACGUUAACUAGUGCGAGUAUUGCUGGCAUGUUGGUCACAGAUCAGGUUACGCUGAGUCAGAAGAGCUCUUAG